UGGAAGUAACAUUACUUUAUGUUUGGGGAAACUGGUUUUUAAAGUUAUAUAGUGACACUCUGCGGCACAGUAUUUUUUUAGCUGAAGGUUGGCGGAGCUGCACACUUAACAGCAAGUGACGUCCAAUAACCAGCUAAACACUAACUGCGAGUUUAGCUAACAUUAACUCAAAAAACAGAAGAAGCUAACAUCAUUAGACCAACUUGGCACGUUUUGGAUGAAGAGCAUAAUUAGCUAAUAUACUGAGCAACAAAAUGGACUGCAGCACAACUGACGUGCCCACUAAUGUACACGACUCUCCAGGGAAGGACAGCUCCAGCUCUGAUGAUGACGUACCUCUCUCAAAGCUCCUGAAGAGGACACCCAGUGACGAGAAGCAGUUGAGUGGAAAUACACGCAGGUUAACCUACAGCUCCAACGCUAAUUCCAAAAAGGACAAAAGUGCUUCAGAUGACUCGGAUGACGAGCCUUUAAUAAAGAUGAAAACUAUUUCUGCACCAGCUAAGAAACCAGUGAGAAAAGGCAACACGUCACCCAGAUCUAAAGACACAAAUAACAAGAAAGCAGAUGAUAGCUCUGACAAUGAACCUCUCAUAAACAUUGCCAAAGUGUCCUCCAAAGCUGCAAAGAAGCAUUUCUCAGUGCCUCUGAAAAAAUCAGUUGAUACAAAGAAAAAAGAAUCACUGGAUGACAAUGACAGCUCGGAUCAUAGCUCGGAUGAUGAGCUGUUGAGUGAACUUGCCAAGAAACUCCCAUCCCAACAUCAGAGAAAGGCAUCUAGAAAAGCAAACCCUGUUAUGAAAUCCAAAAGGAACGCAGCAAGGAAAACUGUGAAAUAUGCAGAGUCUUCCAGUGGUGGCUCUGAUUAUGAACCCCACGCAACAAUAAAGAGGAAGUGGACAAAAGCUCCUAAAGAGCUAAAGACUUCGUCAAACAGCAAGAAAACAAGACAAAAAAUUAAAAACAAAUCACUGAAAGACCCUUCAUCUUCAGACAACAGCUCGGAUGAUGAUGAUGUGCCCUUGGUGAACCUCAUCACGGAGAAGAAGAAGCCAGUGAAGAAAAACACAAAGAAGACAACUUUAUCGCAAGGGAGAAAGAGACGAGGACUCUCUGAUGAAAGCUCAGAUGAUGAACCCUUAAUUAAUCUUGUGAAAAAGAGCCGCACAGACAAACGAACAAAAAACAAAACAAAAGCUUCAGCUCUGAAGAAGAGGGGCACAGCUCUGAAAAGGCCAAGAAAGAUGCCUGUUUCAGGGUCGUCAAGCAACUGUUCAGAUGAUGAACCCUUAACCAAGGCAGCUAAACACCCACAAGUGACCAAAAUCCUGAGAAUAAUACUGGAGAGGUGUGAUGGUGAAGAAGCUGGGACAACAGGAAGCCUGAACAAAACCAAUACAGACACACCGAUUGAAGAAAAGAGCUCGAGCGAGGAGGAGGGCUCAGAGGAAUCACCAGAAGAAGAAUAAACGGAUAAGACAAAGCUGUAACAGGUUGAAGAAACACCUUUAUAUUGCUACCUUUCACCUUCCAGACUGGGAAGUUCAGACCACCUAGUGGCUCCAAGUUUGAUAGACUUCCUGUUCCUAAAGUGUUAUAAAUCCCUCGGAGAGACACUCCCUAACAAUCUUAGCGUUCAUGUUAAAACAGUGUGUUUUAUAUACAUUAGAUAUAUGUUAAUUUAUGGUGUUAAUAUUUUUACCCCUAUUUUUAAGUUUGGGACCAAAAUUUGUAGGUUCCUGAUUUGAAAGAUUUUAUCACAGUCUUGGAUUUUAUUAUUUGUGCCUAUUUUUUGCAUUGGCUGUCUCCUCUGAUUUUAUUUUUUUUUUUUUUUAAGAGAGAAAUUUAACACCCAUUGAUGUAAGUUACACUCCUGCUUACAUAGUAACUGUACACUCAGCAUGCAGCAGUGAAAAUCUGUUGUGUUGGAUUAAACUGCUUUCACUAUGAAAUUCA